AAUGGGUGGCGAAUUUUCGCUCAAAUUCAGUCUGACAGUAACUGUUUCAAAAUUCAAGUAAUGCUGGAAUAAUCCUGCAUCAAAACGCGUUUACAAAUGUUUUGUGGAGCAGCAGUCUAAGUGUGUAUAAUCAUCAAUGCCUGAUAACCAAGUGGUGUCUGCAUUUGGUUUGGCAAAACUUAAUCCGAAUCUUGAGGCAGCCUUCAAAAUGCUGAGUCCGCUGUUAAGAAAUCCCUUUGGUCAGCUUGUGAUAUCCUUUAUGCUGGGUUACUUUGUCACCACAAAGUUGUCACAGUUUGUUAAAAAAUUCAAGGGAAACGCGGACCAAGCUCAGAGUGCCAAGUCGGAAAAUAAGGAGCUGGAUAGUGACGAUAGUGAUGGACAUUUGCCGCAAGGAAAGAAGGUUCUUCUACUAAACCUUCGGCAAUUGGCCGAAUUUAAUGGAGUGGUGGACGAACAACCAGUUUAUACAGCCUUGAAUGGCAGAAUCUAUGAUCUAAGUCCUGCCCGUGAAAAGUACGGCAGUCAGGGUCCUUAUUCCCUUCUGGCUGGCUGCAAUGCCAAUCAGGUCCUGAAUAUUGCAUGCGGAUCCAUGGGCGUCUGCACCGACGACGUUGUCAACCGUUGGGAGCAGAGCCUCAUGGCCGAAUUCAAUAUCGUGGGCUAUUUGAUUGAUUCGGAGGGAGAUGAUUUUGCCGAGAAUGAGUCCAUUGCCAACGGAGUUGGAGACCUCGAAACUGAGGAAACGUAGAAGCUUACUAGUUCUGUUUGGUAAUAAAGUUAUUCUUUUUUAUCUCAAAA